AUGUCAACAAACUCAUUAUCUUCCACAAAAAAACCAAUCAUUUCAAUAGUUGGUACAACAGGAGUUGGAAAAUCACAAUUUAGUAUUGAAUUAGCAAAACAUAUAAAUGGUGAAAUCAUAAAUGCAGAUUCAAUGCAAGUAUAUAAAAAGAUGGAUUUAAUUACAAAUAAACAUCCUAUAGAAGAAAGAGAAAAUAUACCUCAUCAUGUAAUAGAUUAUAUUGAUUGGAAUGAAGAAUAUCAUAUACAUAAAUUCACAAAAGAUGCUAAUUUAGCAAUUGAAAAUAUUCAUCAAAGAGGUAAAAUUCCAAUAGUUGUUGGUGGAACUCAUUAUUAUUUACAAUCAUUAUUAUUUAAUAAUAAAACAAUGGAUAAAUCUAAAGAAAUUACCAAUGUUGAGUUAACCACAGAUCAAUUGAAUAUAUUAGAUGGUCCAACAGAUGAAUUAUUUAUAGAGUUAAAAAAAAUCGAUCCAAUAAUAGCUGAAAAAUUUCAUCCAAAAGAUCAUAGAAAACUACGACGUGCUUUAGAAAUUUGGUAUACUACAUCAAUUAAACCUUCUGAAAUAUAUCAUGAACAAAAAAUUGAUGAAUUAGAAGAAAGUUCUUUAAAAUAUAAUACUAUUGUAUUUUGGCUUUAUUCUGAUCCAAUUACAUUGAAUGAUAGAUUAGAUUCAAGAGUUGAUAAAAUGUUUGAAAAUGGAGCAUUUAAUGAAAUUGACGAGUUAUAUAAAAGUUACGUGGAAAAUAAUGCAGAUUGUACUAUGGGAAUUUAUCAAGUUAUUGGAUUUAAAGAAUUUUUACCUUGGUUAAAAGAUUUAAAACAAGAUUCAAAAUUGUUAGAAGAAGGAAUUGAAAGAAUGAAAAUUAGAACUAGACAAUAUGCAAAAUAUCAAAUUAAAUGGAUUCAAAAAACUUUGCAUCUUGAAUUGGAAAAGGAAUCUAAAUUUGAUUUUAAAAAUGGUGGGAAACUAUUUGUUUUAAAUGCAACUGAUUUAGAUGAUUGGGAUGCCAAUGUAAAAGAAAGAGGUCUCAAGAUAAUAGAUGAAUUUUUAUCAAAAAAUAAUUCCGAUAUUUCAAUCAAUCAGCUUCCACCUGGUUUAGAAUCAUUAUUCACUAAAUCAAAACAUUCAAAAAGUAAUAAAAAUUUAAAUUCUGAAUUACAAUGGAAACAUUUUGAAUGUGAUAUAUGUAAAGAUUCAAAUAAUUCUAAUUUUAUUGCUAUUGGAGAAUUAGCAUGGAAAUCUCAUUUAAAUGGUAAAAGACAUAAAAAAAAUCAAAAUUCUGAUGCAAAAAGAAAACAUGUUGAAGAAAUGAUUAAAAAGUAUAAAAAAGGGGAAUAA